GUCUUGGCCGCUUGCUCCAUCGCCAAUAUUGUUAAGUCCAGUCUGGGGCCCGUUGGACUAGACAAAAUGCUGGUGGAUGAUGUCGGCGACGUCACCAUCACUAAUGAUGGUGCUACCAUAUUGAAACUGCUGGAUGUGGAGCACCCUGCAGCUAAAAUUCUUGUCCAACUGGCUCAGCUACAGGAUGAAGAGGUUGGCGAUGGAACUACCUCCGUUGUGAUUCUAGCAGCUGCCCUUCUGAAAGGCGCCGACGAUCUGAUUUCGCGAUUCGUUCAUCCAACUACCAUCAUCAAUGGCUAUCGGUUGGCUUGUCGAGAGUCAUGCAAAUACAUUCAGGAGCAUUUAAAGUUCGACGUAAACAAAUUGGGCAAACCAGGAUUGAUAAACGUUGCUCGCACUGCUAUGUCCAGCAAGUUGAUCAACCUGGAUGCGGAAAUGUUCGCCGAAAUGGUUGUUGACGCUGUGUCUUCUAUUGGCGUUUCCGGCCCAAAGGGGAUGACCUAUCCUGUCAAAUCGAUUAACGUGUUAAAGGCUCAUGGAAAAUCCAUGUCAGAAAGUGUGCUCAUAAAGGGCUACGCGCUCAAUUGCACAGUUGCUAGUCAGCAAAUGCCCCUCAGCCUGAAGAACCCAAAAAUAGCAUUCCUCGACUUUAGCCUGCAAAAGAUAAAGAUGAAAUUGGGUGUUCAGGUCGUGGUUAAGGAUCCUGAGCAGUUAGAAGCUAUCCGCAAGCGAGAACUGGAUAUAACCAAAGAGCGUAUCCAGAAAAUUCUCGCUGCGGGUGCUAACGUGGUCCUUACAACCGGAGGCAUCGAUGAUCUGUGUAUGAAAUAUUUUGUGGAAGCUAAUGCUAUGGCUGUCCGUCGCUGCAAGAAGAACGAUCUGAAGAACAUGGCUAAGGCUACUGGUGGUCAAGUGAUCGUGAGCAUGUCCGACAUGGAAGGUGAAGAAGUAUUCGAUGCGCAAAAGCUUGGCCGAGCAGCAGAAAUAUCACAAGAGCGCGUAUGUGACGACGAACUGAUAAUCCUCAAAGGGCCCAAGGCUCACCCGGCUUGCAGCUUAAUUUUACGUGGGGCAAAUGACUUCUAUGUCGAUGAAAUGGAACGGUCUCUGCAUGACGCUGUUUUGGUGGUCAAACGCGUACUUGAAAGCAAAAGCGUUGUCCCUGGCGCCGGAGCUUGUGAAGCUGCGAUAUCAAUAUUUUUAGAAAAUUUCGCCGUAACUCUGAGUUCACGGGAGCAACUUGCCAUUGCCGAAUUUGCCCACGCCAUACUGUCUAUUCCCAAACAAUUAGCCGUCAACGCUGGCCUUGACUCAACGGAGCUCGUGGCUCGGUUACGAUCAUGUCACAGCUCUAGCCAGUCCGCAGAGGAACAAGCCUACUACAAGUGGUACGGUUUAGAUUUGGAUAACCAGCGCAUCGCCGAUUGUCAUACCUUAGGUGUUUUUGAGCCCAUGGUGUCGAAAAUCAAGAGCCUCAAGUUUGCCACUGAAGCAGCGAUAACCAUUUUGCGCAUCGAUGAUUUUAUUAAACUACGCGAAGAAAAGGAACAGAGCCAUCCCUACGACGAUGAAUACUAGGAAAUAAUGCUGGUCGAUCUACUACUCUAAUUCAACUUCCAUUUUUAAUGUUACUAAGCGUUGUAUCUAAAUUGUUUUGACCAACUUUGUUUUUUUCCGCCUACAUUGCGCCUAUUUGUUAAUCGCCACUAUCGGAUUCUGGAAUAUAGUUAAAUCGAACUGGCCUACGUUUUGGACCCAGUGAACCAUCAACCUUUGCUCUAUGGUCGUUAGGCCAUACUCUGCUCGAAGAAUUUGUUUGAAUGAUAAGUUGUGUGCUGGGAAUUCAUGAAUCGAAUGCAUCUUCCGUGAUCUCACGCUGCAGAUGUUCAUUUCGCAGAUUCCUUCCCAAAGAUAUGCUUGCGGACCCUGCCUGAAGAAAUCUGGUUGGGAUUUCUUCGACAUCACAUCGGAAGGGACUACAGCUUAGUCCGCCCUCCUAUCACACGCAUUUUGCUGAUACAUGGCGUCGACAGAUGUUAAUUGUUUUUUCCGAUACCACGAACAUCGAAGCCAGUUUCCAACUGAAAUCUCAUUCCCCAUUCGAACUAUUACUCCAAAUUCACUGUUUUCAGCGAAAUUAACGGGGGCUACAAUUCAUGUGAUUACGAUAUGUCAACUCUACCACUUUUUAGGUAACACUUCUGUCGACUUCAGUGGCUUCAUCGUCAGUUUUCGCGGCACCCAUUCCCGUUCAUUUCUUUUCAAGGCCAUUGAGACUGGUAGUUAUGAGAUUAGGUGAUGCAGCAAUGACGUUUCUGCGUCACAAAAUGCAUCGGUGGACCUUCAUAGCUGGUACCUAUAACCCGUUGGGUUCCUCAAUUUCUUCACUAUUUUGGAAACAUGGUAGCAACUAACACCCACAUUCCAGCUUCGGGGCUUGCCUGUUGCUCUCUUCGUAGAGAGUUCAUUGGGAAAACCAUUACAGUCCUUCGUGCAUUACCCAUGUUAAGCCUAGCAAAUGUACACCCAAUUCCCUACUCAUAAUCUCGUGUUAUAUCGAUCCCAAAUUCCUGCACUUCACUUCUUGUGUCAAUGGGCACCUUAGUCAAUGUCGUUUAACAAUACGUGUGUAGUAGAGGAGUU